AUGCGCUUCACUGCCACAUCCCUCUUCUACGUCGCGGCGCAGCUCGCCCUCGUCAACGGCCUGGCCGUCCCUAUCGCCAGAGACGAGCAAGCAGCGGCGCAGCAGAUGCAAGCCCGAGCCGAGGGCGGCGCUGCGGGCGCGGCCGCUGGCGGCAUUGCGACCAUCCUCAAGGACCAUGUCAAGUUCAUGACAGCCCCGGCGACGGCCGAGGAAGAGAUUCCCAAGGAGGAGAAUAAUGCGAUGCGUGAGGGCCACCGACAGGUUCAUAAGAGCCUCUACGAGAUGAUGACCGGCGGGAAGAAGGCCGGCGACGCGGCGGACAAGGCCGGUGACGCGGCGGACAAGGCCGGUGACGCGGCGGACAAGGCUGGCGAGGGCAAGGACAAGGGUAAAGAGAAGGGCGCAGAGGAUGAGGAGGAGGACGCCUAG